AAGAAACUGAGCUGUAAACAUAAAUUUCACUAUUUCGUCUUGAUUUUGUUCAUAAAAAUCUCAGUUUUUGAGACGUUGUGGAUCAUAAAUUGUGAAUAUGAAGUGAUAAAGAUUUGAGCAGCGGAUUUUGAGUGUGUUCUUGUGAUGGCUGAAGCUGUCUAUCAGAGUGAGCAGGGUAACCAGGAGGCUGCCGUCAUCCUGAAAGUCACGCAGCAGCAUGUGAAGGGACAUCGGCGCACAGCCAGUCACGCUGGGGGAGCGUCAUCCCAAACCACGGCUGCAAACACGGCGAGAGAAUCCCAUGGGCACCGACGGACCGCAAGCUGGUCCCCGACUCACACUGACCCAAAAAGUUUCCCAUGGUACAAUAGUGGGUUCAUGACCUACACCCAGGACUCACCGGACGACAGAAAAAAUAUAUCGACAACAUGUGGGGUGGGUGAUUGCCAGCCUGAGUGUAUGCAACACUGCGCACACCCUGUCGCUUUCCUACUGGCGCUGUGUGCCGUGACUUUUACUCAGUCGAUGCUUGUAUCAGGUUACACCAGCAGCAUCCUGACGACGAUCGAGCGCCGUUACAAUCUGUGGAGCACGGAGUCGGGUCUCGUGAUAAGCAGUUAUGAAUUCACGUGCAUGUUCGCCGUUGUCUUCUCGAGUUAUUUUGGAAGCCAGCGAAACCGUGCGCACUGGUUGGCGUACGGUUCCUUCAUAGUGUCGGUUGGUGCUCUAGUAUUCAUGCUUCCACAGUUUACCGGCGGGAAUUAUAACCUGGACGACGUCGUCAAGAAUGACUCAAAUGGUGAAACGAAAAACCUUUGUAACCGAUCCCAGGUGAAGGCACCGAAUGUCCUCGAGCAGAAACUCUGCUCUAUUGGCUCACAAGAAGUUGGCGCCUUCAGUUUGAUCAUUGUCGGACAGAUGAUCAUCGGGCUGGGGGCGUCGCCCGUCUACACCUUGGGUCCAACAUAUCUCUACGAUAACGUCAAGAGGACUGUGUUCUCCAUUUACAUUGGUGUAUUCUACUCCAUAUCAGCAGUUGGACCAGCUAUGGGGUUCCUAAUGGGAGCCCUCUUCCUCUCCUUUUAUGUUGACCCCGGGCUCCAGCCGGGAGGCUUCACAGAGCAGGACACCGGCUGGGUCGGGGCCUGGUGGGCGGGCUUCCUCUUGUGUUCAUUACUGGCGUUCAUAUCCGCCUUGCCCCUCUUGACGUUCCCGUCGCAGCUACCCAGACGGUUCAGCAGUAGUCAGCACGGGGCAUGUCGUGAAACAGUCGAACAACGCAAUGAGGAUUUUGCGAUGGGUGAUCUCGGAGAGGGUUUCAAAGAGCUUCCAGUGCGCUUCAUGAAGCUGUUCAAGAACUCCACCUUCCUGGGUAUCAGUAUGGUGGUGGUCAUGGAGCAGUCGAUCACGUCAGGGUUCACCGCUUUCAUUGCCAAGUUCUUUCAAGCCACGUACGGCACACCGGCUUCCAAGGCCAAUAUUCUCGCAGGAAUUGUGAUCAUACCAGGCUCUUGCAUCGGGAUAAUGACGGGUGGAUAUAUGAUGAAGAGACUGCAGCUCCCCCUAUCCGGCAUGGCGAAACUACUCAUCGCUAUUUGUAGUGCGUCUGUUGUGUGCUUUGGGACGAUUCUAUUCCUGGGUUGUGGUAACAUUGAUUUGGCUGGGAUAACCGCUUCAUAUACAAAAGGUGACACGUUUGAUGUGAUAAAAUACCCAGAGAAUUUGACGUCUCGUUGCAAUGAGCAGUGCGUGUGUAAUCAGGAGACUUAUCAGCCUGUGUGCGGCCUCAAUCAAAACACUUACUUCAACCCUUGUUAUGCGGGUUGCUCCAAGGUGAAUGCCUAUGUUGGCACCAUGGGACACAAGAUCAGGAACUACUCUUCGUGUUCGUGUGUCAGUAAGGUAGUCCACCACCAGGUGGCAGUGGCUGGCGCAUGCGACAACGGAUGCGAGAAUUUCUACCCGUUUUUGAUCAUGUUAUUUUUGAUCGUGUUGAUCACCUCCCUUGGCCACAAUCCUUGCCUCCUCAUCACGCUCGGGUGUGUAGAUGUGGAGGAACGCUCCUUCGCUCUUGGCAUGCAGUCGUUUCUGGCAAGAGCUAUGGCGUUCAUUCCAGCACCGAUUUACUUUGGUUACAUAUUUGACUCGCAAUGUCUCCUCUGGCAGAUGGCGUGCGAUGGGUCCGGCGCCUGUCUCGAGUACAACCGUACGUGGUUGCCGUUCGCCGUCUUCGGCAUGGCGCUCGGUCUAAAAAUAGUCAGCCUAACCUUCGUUGUACUAACGUACUUCUCGUGCCGUAAUGACGGGAUCGAAGACCACGCCGCGCCGGGAACCAGCAGAGGUCAAACAGGUCAGAGGUCAAGGUCGAUGAAGAUGUGUUACACGAAUCAUCGUAGGUGCAAGGUGCCGGCUGCUGAUGGCGAUAUUGACGGGUCGUGUGUUCUGACGUAUCACGCACCAGGUGAUGGAUAAAAACCUGUAUACCUCUCCAGCAAAUCCAAAAUAAAGCCAUAUCAUGAAAACUACAGUAGAACUGAAUUAUGGUACUGAAUGAUUGGAGCGCUGAAUUAUGGUAGCAAGGAAUUAUGGUGCCAUCGGUAGCACUUAUUGGACGAUGGAGAAUUGCUGAGUGCAAAGUGACGGGAAGACAGUAUUUUAUGCUAGCAAAACAAGCCACGACACUUGUUUGGUACAAUUUAGUUAUAUAUUUGAUAGGAGGUUUUGGCGCUGGAAUCACUUGCGAAAUAGUGUCAGUGAGUCGGUUAAAUUUCGAUUUGUCGAGUGUUUGUUUUCCAUGCGGUGCUUGUUACAUAGUAUUUUAUCAAUUGUACAUAAAAGUAUUUCUGUGCGUGUUGGAUUGUGAAUGUUAUUAUUAUAAGUGUAAUAAAAUGUUAUGAUAAAUGUGAUGAUAAAUGUAACAAAAAUGUUAAUGUCCAAGCAAUGAGGCACAGCUUCCUGGUAUCAAAAGCACAUUCCCUCAUACAGGGUGUAUCAAAAAUUAAUUUUUUUUUAUAAUGGUUAUUGGACGAUGGCAUAAUUCCUUUUUUCACCCACCGAUUUUGAUCGAUACAUGAAUUGCAGCUUCAGGAACUUGCAGAACAAUUUGAGCUAAAUUUCAGCAGCUUAGACAGUGGUGAUUUUCCUUAAAUUCUCUGACAAUCGGCUGUUAAAUAUCUCCAGAUAUUUGCAGCAAAAUCAUCAGUAUUUCAUUCCUGGUGAUUUGGCGGCAAAAAUCGACAAUUCUUUUCGUUAAGCUCCUUUAUGCCAGCGGGUUGUAAUAUAUUAUGAGAAAAAUUGCCGGCAAUUUUAUCAGUCUAGAUCUGAAUGAUGUAGUAUAUUAAAGGCCUACGCCGUUCGUUAAAAAUUUUGAAUUUGUAAUUGAGUUUAAAAACGUCCAAUUGCAGAAAUACGUACUAAAUAUAAAUUUCAACAUUGCCGUUGUGUAGGCUGAUAUACAAAUACUAUGAAUACCCAAGGUUAAACAAAUUUGUAUUCACAAUAACUGCACUACGGCAUUGUGUAUUAGUGGAUGUCCAUUGAACUUGACCACAAGUACAUACUUAUGAAAUUACGAACGGCGUUUAAUAAGAUAAUGUACCUUAUGCGUGUUUAUACAUGUGAAGUAAGUGUGACUUAUGUGGUGUUUUAUGCAGAAUAGAACAUGUUCUGAAUGUAAAAGUGUUAAUGCGGGAGUACCAAAAACCAACCUUGUCUGCAUGCUGGGUUUGCGGAAUGGGACCAGGUUUUAACUACAGGUUUCUAGUCAGUUAGUGUGUACAAAAUGUAUUAUAGUCCUCGAAAACCAUGACACUUCAUGUACUGUACAUGUAGCCUUUGAACGACUACUAAUGGUUCAAAAAAUGUUGGACGAAUUUCACGACUAAUUUACAUGUGGUGACUGUCCGCUAAUCUCGCACCUGUUUUUGACGUUACGCGACUCGGCCAAGUGCAAAACUCCUCCGUGAAAUUUAACAUACAGAAUAUUAUUCUCGGUGAAUUUAGACCCUUUCUUCUGGAGACAAAGGCAUGAAAUUUUCACAUGAAUAAAUCUGCCAAGCGUAGGUAUUACAUUUUCACAGAUGAAUAACAGAUGCAAAAAAAUAUGAUUGAUGGAAACAUAAUCCCUAUGUCUUCAAAAUUGAAUAGUCGUGUGAUGCAUUGAAUAAAGUGGAGCAUUCUGGAUCCCAGGUGGCAUAUAACGCCUUAUUUGACUAUGAGCAUCACUUAAAGGCCUGCGCCGUUCGUUAAACAUUUCGAAUUUGUAAUUGAAUUUAAAAAUGUCAAAUAGCGAAAAUACAUACAAAAUAUAAAUUUCAACAUUGCCGUUGUGUAGACUGAUAUACAAAUACUAUGAACACCAAGUUUAAACAAAUUUGUAUUCGUAAUAACUCCACUACGGCAUUGUGUAUUCGUGGACUAGACCACAGGUAAAUACGAAGGGCAUAUCCCUUUGGAGGCCUACGCCAUUCAUUAAAAAAUUGAAUUUGUAAUUGGAUUUUAAAAUGUCAAAUUGGGAAAAUACAUACUAAAUAUAAAUUUCAACAUUGCCAUUGUGUAGACUGAUAUACAAAUACUAUGAAUACCAAGUUUAAAUAAAUUUGUAUUCACAAUAACUGCACUAUGGCAUUGUGUAUUAGUGGAUUUCUAUUAAGCCGGACCAAAAGUAAUUACGAACGGCGUACCCCUUUAACCUUUGCCUUCUCUUCUUUGAGAAAAACAGCUGCACACCCUGGAGAUCACUUCCCCCAACUGACUGAGAAUUGUAUCUUAAAGGAGUACACCAUUCAUAUCAAGUUGGGGUCAGGAAAAAAAGAAAUGCUGUUCACUUAAACAAUGCCGUAGCGCAGUUUACACGUGUGCAACUUCGCUGAAACUCUUUAUAUUCAGUAUUUGCAUAUCUGUCUCCAAAAUGGAAAUGUUGAAACCAAUAUUCAGUGCAUAUUCACGCAAUUGAACACUAAGAUUUAAGGGCCUAUAUGCAAUUGCCAAAAUACAUGAAUUUCAACAUUGCCGUUGUGUAGACUGAUAUACAAAUACUAUGAAUACCAAGUUUAAACAAAUUUGUAUUCAUAAUAACUGCACUACGGCAUUGUGUAUUAGUGGAUUUCUAUUCAACUGGACCACAAGUAAUUACGAACGGUGUACGCAUUGAAAAUCUUUCUACUGUCCAAUGAUUGGCCAGCUUGGUGAGUUGAAAGGCCUGCUUAAUCAUCAGCAAGCUAAGGGAUUUUAUUUCAGAGUAAAAAUGGCAACUAUAUGGUUCUGUAUUUAAUGAUGUAAUCCAUGUUCGUUGUUUAUUAAACAUUUAUGUUAUAAACUGUGCAUUUUUAGGUCACACCGAUUUAAUGCCUUUGACAUGUUGGAUGACUUCGCUAGACUAUAAAAUACUCAUUUCUCUGCGCCAACAUCAUUACAGCACACUCUACUUUUGGUGACCUUGUCAAAUUUUUAUAUUAUGACCUAAUCGUGGUAUCUAGGUUUCACCACAGAUGACUUGUAGCUGUCGGUUGUACAUGUUGAAAUUGACAAAUGAAAUCAAGCGAUGCAAGUGUGUUAACCCCUCAGCCCCUGAAGACUAGAGGGAUAUUGUCGAGGCGGGCGCCGUCUGUUUUCAUUGUACUCUUAUGCAGAGCAUAUCUCCGUAACCAUUGAUGCUAAGCAUUUCAUCUUGUAGGGUGGUAUAUGGUGGUCUUGUGGUGCCAUUUUGCCUUUUGGCUGUUUUGAUGAUUUUCGAACUUAAUUGUGCACUCGGUCCCAGUCAUGUGAAAAAGUACUUUUGACUGCAUCUCAUGAACGCUGCUAGCUAAAAUCAUGACAUUUUUUCAUGACACUACAUCGCAUAAUACCAAAAUUGUGUUCUUUGGCACUUUCUGUUAUUAGCCAAAUACAUGUAGGUUGCGUUUUCUCACGAAGUACUCUCCGCAAUGUCUCACCGACGCUGUUCAAAGUCCACUAAGCUCACUUCCCUUUCAACGUCCACAGGCUGAGGGGUUAUGCUCCCUUUGCCAUGCUAGUUUGUUCAAUACAUUUCAAUUUUUCGUGCCAAAAGGUUACUUUAGGUGCUGGUCGGUGGCUGUUCGUGUUCGUUGGCGGGCCUGUUAUCCAACAUAUCAAAUUGUUAUGGCCUGAAUCGUAUUUGUCAUGUCUGUUUGAUUAAUUGAUUUAUUUGGACUAUGGUGCUUCUUGGUGCAGUUUGAUGUUGUUUUUACUUGAGAUUCGAAUCUCUUUUGAAAUUCUUUUCGGUUUACUUGUUAUGAUCUAAAAUGUUGUUAAUUGCAUGCAGGUGCAGGAAAGUCAGUUUAGGAUGUUGCUCUAAAUUGAAAAUUUUGUUUUUGACAUCUUUAGUAACUUUUAGUCAGACUUUACAUAGAGGGUUUUUAUUUUAACCUUGGUUUCUGAAAUAUUGUGUUCAUAGCAAAGCAUUUAUAGUUUGAGUGUCGAUCAAAUAGAGAGGUUUAGAUCCCGAGAUUAUGUGUCCGACUUUGGGAAUCAUAAUCCAUAAUACAAAAAAUAGUGACAAAUAAUGUCGGCAAAGGAAGUUUCCCCUAAACAAUAAGUAGUCAGAUUUUCUAAAACAUCCACAGCCAUGAGAUGAAAUAUUGGGAUAUCACCGCUCUGGUCUUUGGCUGAAGAAACACAAGGGCAUACCAAUAAUUGUUAUGUGUGAAUGAACCUCAGUUAUCUCGUUCGAUACCGCAGGGUUUUGGCAGUGUAUUCAUUGCCCUGGUCCGCAACCGGUAUAGACCGAGAAGCCUGGAUCCCAACUUGGCCUCGGAAAAGUUUCAUUGUAAAAUAGCUGGCAUUACAUGCACCAAAUCUUUACUGAAUCGAGUAAAGUGCUGCCAUCGUGUUUUUCUGGUGUAAUCAUGCAAAAACCCGUAGGGACAGCAAUGAGCGAAAGAAUGUGUGGAAAAUUGAGCAGUACGGAUUGUCAAUAGUACGCAGUGUAUGUUCCCGGUCGAUAUCGGGUAAGGAACACCCGCAAUUCCCCCAUUACUUGCAUUAGCUGGGCUCGACUUGAGACUUUGGAGUUUCUGAACCUGGCUGAUGUAUAUUUAGAUCUGUACUGAAACAUUUGUAUAUAUUUUUGGAUGUAAAUUAUCAAUGUACAGAUAGAUCUCUCUGGCUGUUGAAGGUCUGUGUUUAUAAAUAAUGGAUGUACUUGACGAGGAGGAUACACUCCAAAGAAGAACACUCCCAAGUGUACAGCAAAUGCUGAAGAAGAUUUUCUUAAGAAAUUUUGGCAGUCUAUAUGUUUGGCAGAAAGGGAACAGUGUUCAGUAAAACUUCUUUAAGGGACACUAUAGGCAGCUGCUAGGUAGGCAAGAUAAAGGUACACAAUGUCAGCAAUAGGGGUCGUUCCCAUCUCACAUUACGUCAAAACUAUUCACGCUUGUACAACGAAUAUAUUAAGAGCUGAAUCAAACAUGACCCAGUGUCCUUACUGUGCAUAAUUAUUAGUCACCCGAAGAUGGCCAAUUUAACCCAACUGCCCCUGCCUAUAGCCCCCCUUUAAAACUAUGAAUUUGCCUGCAUUGUAUAGUUGACUUUCAUGAAAGGGUAUUGUUGUCAUGUCAAGGGUUGUUGCAUGUAGGCGUGAAAUGAAAUACCUUGCUAUGUAUUAUGUAUGAUUGUGUUUUCUGGCCGGACUUUUUUUAGUUAAAACUCACUGUCAGCCAUUUUACAUAGAAAUGUCGAGAUAUAUUUUGAAUAUACUUCUGUAG